GUGUCAGCUUAUGCUUCGUGUCGAGUUUGAGAAAUACUAUUUUGUAGCUAUUCAACGAAGAUAAGAGUAAUUGGGAUUUGACGACGCUUGAGAGAACUGAGCUUGACCUGAACUGACCGGACGCCAUUGAGCAGACAUGGCCUUCCGCGACGAUCACACGGAAGUCGCCCCUCCCUACUCCAGGGUCUUCGUCGUCUGCGGAAAACUCAAUGAGGACGACCUCAGACCUCUGUUUGAAAAGCACGGCGACCUCGAAGACCUUUACAUACCCAGAGAUCGAAACACCGGAACCGCUAAAGGGGUAGCCUAUGUAAAAUACUACAAAACUUCAAAUGCCGCCGCCGCCAUUGAAGAGCUCCAUCUUAAAAGGGUCGACAAGCACUCUAAACCUCUCAAAGUUAUGGUUGCUAAUCAAAAACAUGACACUGACGUAGUCAGCGAGGACAAAUACAAGCGCCUGUUCAUCAAAGUACCGAGGCAAGAUUCAGAGAGAGACAUAAAAGACCACUUCUCCGAGUUUGGCUGUGUGGAAUUCGUUAAGAUUCCCAAGGACAAAUCAACUAAUGAAAGCAAAGGUUUCGCGUAUGUACAAUAUAGGACGUUCAUUGAAGCUGCGAAGGGGUAUGAAAGGUGCGAUCGCAAGUACAGACCAAUGUUCGCGACACCUAAAGAGGAGCUGCAACGUAAUAGUAGAAGCGGUCAAGGCCAAGACAAUUCGAUGGAUAUGCGAGCCGACAAUAGGUUCUAUCCGCAAUCGGUUUACCCCCAAAAUUCUGUGAGCUCCAUGAUAAAUACGCCAUCUGACGGCUACGUCACGGUUAAUGUAACUUGCAGCCCUCAAGUACCUCAGCAACCCCUCGAGCAGCUCUUCAACAUAGUACCAGGAAUGCAACAGUUCGAGUUCUCCGACGACCCCUACAACGGCUAUUCAAAAGCGUUAGUCACAUACGCAAACGCGUCCGCCGCAGCGUAUGCCGUCGAAAAAAUCAACAACUAUCAUUUCCCUUCAGGCGAAAUUCUUACUGUGAAACCGGAGAAUCAGUUAAAGAGAGUGGCCAAUGACUUGACUAAUAUGGUCGACGUGUUUAAGAAGUCUCUAGACGGGGGUGGUACGAGCCCCAACCUCAUGCAGCUAGCUGAAGCCAUAGCUCAAGCAUCGUCGUUGAUUAAACAAGCGACUUCCAUACAAGUUGGGACCGAGCAGCUCAUUGAUACCCGUGUUGAUCGUCCUCAGCUUGAUGAUUUUUGGAGCUCUCUGCCGCCAUCGCAGCCAAUGCUCGAUCGUGACGCUAGGGUCGCAAAGCGUUGCUUCAUAGUAUUCCAUCCUCACCCGCCUCCGCCCGCUUACUUAAGAGAUAUCUUCUGCCGCUUCGGAGACCUGAUAGACGUGUCGACAUUCUCUAAUAAAACUUAUGGCUAUGCGAAGUACGGGUCCGAGAGAGCCGCCGACAAUGCGAUGGCGUGUCUCCAUGGAAAGACUGUGAACGGGAUCAGAAUGAAGGUUCUGGAAGCCGAUGAGAAACCGCCGAGAGAUGACGAUGAUGAAAUGGACGGAAGACGGAAGAGAUCUCGGAGGGACGAUGACUAAACACUAUUUUAAUGGCACUUUAGUGGUUCAAUGAGUACAGUUUACCGAGUUUACCGAGUACGACUAAGCAAUAAAGUAACUAAUAAGGGCCAGUUGCACCAACCACAUUUUACAGACAAUAGUGAACUGAGAAAUAUACCAUACAAUAUAAUUUAACAAACGUUUUAACGGUGACAGACGGUUUUGUGCAACCGACCCUUACGCGGUUAUGCUGAUUCGCAUGUCGCUCCAGUGUAUGAGUGUCGGAUGUCCCGGAGCUGCGUGUGAAUCGGCAUCCAAUUUUAAGACCGUCACCCAGUGACAAUCUGAGUGUUUACUAUUCUACAAUAGUCUCUACAGACAAAACCAAUGUUCCGGUGAGACCAUAAACGUAGCCUAAAGCUGUCAAUAGAUGGUGGAGGUCCCCAUACCGACGAAGAAAAUACGAGUAAAAGAAAGACAGUGAAACUAGACGUCAGUGUUUAGCGCAAUAAUUAAUCAUAGGGGUGUAUAUACUGCGACAAGAAAGUGUAGAAAUUAAAAAGUGGCAAUAUUGUUGUGUCCUCCCGUUUUCUUACGACACUACAAUAUUGCCACUAAAUUUCUACACUUUUCAGACUGUAGUAUUGUUUUAGAGAGGAACGCAACUUUGUGGACUUUUUAUUGUUUUUUUUUUGAAAGAAAGAAAAUAUAUUUAUUCAGGACGCUUACAGUAUUGCUUAAAUGUAAUACAACACUUUCAUUAAAAUAAAACAUAAACGUCACUGAAAAGGUCUCCCCUCAGCUUGAUGUCAAGUUUCCUUUCAGGUAUCUUGACGCUGGUCUUCUGUGGAGACCUGUUUUUCGUCUCUGUUUUUUACUUUCAGGAAUAACGACUUUAUACUCAACGUAAUGCAUACGUUAAUUUUUCAUUUAGAUAUAAUUCGUUCUUAAAUCCAUUUUGCUCGUACUACAAUAAAUACCUAAAGUUAGGUAAUGCACGUUAUUAAGGUCGGCCAAGACAAUUGAUAGCUGAUUAAUUGUCCCAUUCGAAUAUCCUUUUUCGUUCAUUAAAUUAAAUUAUUUGCCUGAAACUGUGUUUUCAUGUAGGUUAAUAGUAGAUUUAAGGCCUUGAAUGUUAGUUUUAAUAUUAUAAGUAAGUACAUUUUGUAGUAACUAAAAUUUAAACCAGAGUAAUCUUAGCCUCUGGGACAAAAAUUAAUAUUCUAUGUAAAAUGGUUUCUAGAGAGUGCAGUAACCGGCCAAACUUCAUAACCGGUUUCGGUUACGGUUAUGCCCGAAAAAUAACCCAUAAUCGGUUACGGUUAUUUUCGACAAAAAAUUACAAAUUUACAAUAAAAAUAUGAUCUUGGACGUGAUAAAUAUCCAUUAUAUUCAAUCAAAAUAUUUCAUAAAUAAGGGAAGUAAGUUUGGUAUAUUUUCGUCAUUAAAGUACACGAAUGACAAAAAUUAUAGUCACAGCCGUCACAGCCAAAAAAGGCAGGAUUUUGUAGCCAUUAGAAGAUCAAUUCAUAGAAUUCAAGUCAUAAAUAAAUAACCGAAAAUAACCGGUUAUACGUGUUUCCAAUAAUCGGUUAUGAAAUUUUGUCAAAAUAAUCGGUUAUAAAUAACCGAUUAAUUCGGAUAGGGUUAUAACCGAUUUGCAUUCCCUAGUUGUUUCUCGGGAAUGUGUUGUAAGUUACAGGCUUUCAAAAAUAUAGUAUUACUGAU